AUGAAGAAAUCCAAGCAAGCAAAAGCAUCAGAACCCAAUGAUGGGGUUGAUAUGUUCAGUAAACUGCCAAAUCAUAUUCUUAACUUGAUCCUUUCGGGUCUUCCAAGUACUGAAGAAGUAAUUCGAACCAGCAUCUUGUCGACACGAUGGAGAUACUUAUGGACUUCAGUUCCCUCUAUAGACAUAGAUUAUCUCCGAGGACUUACAUCCCAGAAGAAAUUCAAAAAAAGUAAAUUCAAAGAGUUUGUGUAUUCAGUUUUAUUAAAGAGUUCUCUGGAUCUGGAUAGUUUUCGUUUAUGUUGUGAGAAUGACUACAAUAUGUCAACAGUAAGGCAGUGUAUUGAAGUUGUAGUUAGGAGAAACGUCAAAGUAAUUGACUUGAUAUUUCGGCCUAGGGAGCAGUAUAAGGAUGCUCAUACCAUCCAUCUUGAUCAUUGGAUAAAUAGGUGGGACUUUGAGGAGAUCAAGCUUCCCUUUCUCUAUAUUUCAUGCCCGAACCUCAAGAACCUGAGAAUUGUUAACCAGAAAAUGAUACAAUUUGAGCAAUGGGAUGGAGAAGAAGAAGAACUUGAGUCAAUGUGUCCUAAGUGCUUGUCACAAGUAGAUAUCUGGAUAUCUCUACCUAAUCUCAAGACUUUGGAGCUAACAAUUGAUGACUAUGCCCCAGUUGCAUUGACAAAUGAGAUGAGUCUUGAUGUUCUUUGUAUUUCAUAUCCUAAGCUCAAGAAGUUGAGAAUUAUAAACCGGGAAAUGAUACAAUUUGAAAAGUGGUUUGGUGACAAAGUUGAGGACAUGUGUUUUGGCGUUUGGAUUUCUUGCCCAAAACUGGUGUUUUUGGAGCUUGUAGGUCGUAUAGCUAAUAGAUUUCUCCUUAAAAGUCUAAAUUCCUUGAAGAAAGUUGUGAUUCAUGCUGAAGAUGUCGAUCCGACAGGAUUAUCAUUGUCUACAAUGUCUCAUGUGUUAUGA